UCCCGGGGCGCCGCGUCAUGUAGCGGCCGCGCCGGCCCCCCCCCGCGGCUCGGCAACUCUUCCCCUGCGGGGUGCCGGGGCGCGGCGCCCGAAGAGCCCGCGGGGCGCGCGGGGGGACCCCCACGGGGCCACCAUGGCCGAGGAGAGCUCGGCCGUGCCCCGGGAGCUGACCGAAAGCAUAAAGGAUGUUAUUGGCAGGAAGAUAAAAAUUUCGGUGAAGAAGAAAGUCAAGUUGGAAGUGAAGGGAGACAAAGUGGAGAACAAAGUUCUGGUGCUGACGUCAUGCCGUGCCUUCCUCUUGACAGCACGAAUCCCCACCAAGCUCGAGUUGACUUUCAGCUACUUGGAGAUUCAUGGCGUCACCUGCAGCAAGCCGACCCAGAUGGUUGUGGAGACCGAGAAGUGUGGCAUCUCCAUGAAGAUGGCAUCGCCUGAGGAUGUGAGUGAGGUACUGGCCCACAUCGGCACCUGCCUGAGGAGGAUCUUCCCCGGCCUGUCCCCACUGAAGAUCAUGAAGAAAGUGUCCAUGGAGCCAUCUGAGCGGCUGGCCAGUCUCCAGGCUCUGUGGGACAGCCAGACGGUGCCCGAGCAGGGCCCCUGCGGUGGAUUCUCUCAGAUGUACGCCUGCGUUUGCGACUGGCUUGGGUUCUCCUACCGGGAAGAGGUGCAAUGGGACGUGGAUACAAUUUACCUGACACAGGACGCCCGGGAAUUGAAUUUGCAGGAUUUCAGCCACCUUGACCAUAGGGAUCUAAUACCUAUCAUUGCUGCCCUGGAGUAUAAUCAGUGGUUCACGAAGCUGUCCUCCAAGGAUCUAAAGCUAUCCAGUGAUGUCUGCGAACAGAUCUUUAGAGUGGUCAGCAGAUCUAAUCGAUUGGAAGAAUUGGUGUUGGAAAAUGCUGGACUUAGGACAGAUUUUGCACAAAAGCUCACCAAUGCUCUAGCGCAUAAUCCCAACUCUGGCCUGCACACUAUCAACCUUGCCGGCAACCCCCUGGAGGACCGAGGUGUGUCCUCUCUAAGUAUUCAAUUUGCCAAACUCCCCAAGGGACUAAAGCAUUUAAACUUGUCUAAAACCUCAUUGUCACCUAAAGGGGUGAACAGCCUUUCUCAGUCACUCAGUGCCAACCCGCUGACCGCCUCCACCCUUACCCACCUAGACCUCUCAGGGAACGUUCUCCGUGGAGAUGACCUCUCGUGCAUGUACAACUUUCUGGCCCAGCCAAAUGCCAUUGCUCAUUUGGACUUAUCCAAUACAGAAUGUUCCCUGGACAUGGUCUGUGGCGCUCUUCUCCGUGGCUGCCUUCAAUACUUAGCUGUGCUCAACGUUUCCAGAACGGUCCUUUCUCACCGGAAAGGAAAAGAAGUGCCCCAGUCUUUUAAGCAGUUUUUCAGUAGCUCAUUGGCCCUGGUGCAGAUCAACCUCUCAGGCACAAAACUGUCUCCUGAGCCCCUGAAAGCACUGUUGCUGGGCCUGGCUUGCAAUCAUAACUUGAAGGGCGUUUCUCUGGAUCUCAGCAGCUGUGAGCUGCGAUCAGGAGGCGCUCAAGUACUGGAAGGCUGCAUUGCCGAAAUCCACAACAUCACCAGCCUCGACAUCUCCGACAACGGUCUAGAAUCUGACCUCUCUACCUUAAUAGUAUGGCUCAGUAGAAACAGAUCAAUACAACACCUGGCGUUAGGCAAAAAUUUUAAUAAUAUGAAAUCCAAAAAUCUGACCCCCGUGUUGGACAACUUAGUACAGAUGAUUCAAGAUGAAGAAUCACCUCUGCAGUCCCUGUCCCUGGCCGACUCCAAGCUCAAGACAGACGUCACCAUCAUCAUCAAUGCCUUGGGAAGCAACACGUCCCUGACCAAAGUGGACAUCAGCGGGAACGCCAUGGGGGACAUGGGCGCCAAGAUGCUGGCCAAGGCCCUGCAGAUCAACACCAAGCUCAGGACUGUGAUAUGGGACAAGAACAACAUCACGGCACAAGGCUUUCAGGACAUUGCCGUCGCUCUGGAAAAGAACUACACCUUGAGAUUUAUGCCCAUUCCUAUGUAUGAUGCUUCUCAAGCCCUAAAAACAAACCCCGAGAAGACUGAAGAGGCCCUGCAGAAGAUAGAAAAUUAUUUGCUCCGGAAUCACGAGACAAGAAAGUACCUGCAGGAGCAGGCCUAUCGCCUCCAACAAGGCAUAGUCACCAGCACCACUCAGCAGAUGAUUGACAGAAUAUGUGUGAAGGUACAAGAUCAUCUCAACUCUUUACGAAAUUGUGUGGGUGAAACUGUUCAGGAAGAUUUAAAAUCAGCAGAAAGGCUCAUGCGAGAUGCUAAGAACUCUAAAACGUUGUUACCAAAUUUGUACCAUGUUGGUGCGUCUUGGGCAGGAGCGGGUAGCUUGUCAUUCAAUCCAAUUCAGGAGACUCUGGAAUCCAUGGCUGGAGAAGUUACCAGAGUUGUAGAUGAACAACUCAAGGCUCUGCUCGAGUCCAUGGUUGAUGCUGCGGAGAACCUUUGUCCCAACGUGAUGAAGAAAGCCCACAUUCGACAAGACCUGAUUCAUGCCAGCACCGAAAAGAUUUCCAUUCCCCGGACUUUCGUGAAAAAUGUCCUGCUGGAGCAGUCUGGAAUUGAUAUCCUGAACAAAAUUAGUGAAGUGAAGUUGACGGUGGCCUCCUUCCUGGCUGACCGAAUUGUGGAUGAAAUUCUGGAUGCCCUUUCUCACUGUCAUCAUAAACUGGCUGACCAUUUCAACAGACGUGGCAAGCCCCUUCCUCAGCAGGAGUCCUUGGAGAUCGAACUGGCUGAGGAGAAACCGUCGAAACGCUCCAUCAUCACGAUGGAGGAGCUCACGGAGAUCGAGCGCUUAGAAGAUCUGGACACUUGUAUGACUCUCUGCUGUACAAGUAUGACUCCCAAGUCCAAAAGGAAGAGUAUCCAUAGCAGAAUGCUCCGACCCGUUUCCAGAGCCUUUGAAAUGGAAUUCGACCUGGACAAAGCUUUGGAAGAGGUGCCCAUUCACAUUGAAGACCCGCCUUUCCCGUCCAUCAGACAAGAGAAGCGGAGCUCAGGCUUCAUCUUCGAGCUGCCGUCCGAGGAGGGGAGGAAGUUGGAGCACUUCACCAAGCUCAGGCCUAAGCGGAAUAAGAAACAGCAGCCCACCCAGGCAGCGGUCCGGACUGCCAGUAUUGUCUCCCAAGACGGGGAACAGAACGGUCUCAUGGGGCGAGUGGACGAAGGUGUGGAUGAAUUUUUCACCAAGAAAGUGACCAAAAUGGAUUCCAAGUCGUCCGCCAGGGGCUCCGAGGGCCACGAGCCCGGCGACGCGGGAGACGAGAAGAAGAAGCGCGAGUCCCGGCGGAGCGGCUUCCUGCACCUCAUCAAGUCCCGCUCCCGGGCCGAGCGGCCCCCGACGGCGCCCGACGAGCCCGCGUCCCCCAAGGGCGGCGUCCGCAGCCCCGCGGCCGCCCCCACGGACACGCCGCGCCGGGAGCACAACGGCGGCCCCGACAGGCCCGAGGAGGCGCAGACCCCCGACGCCCUGGACGACGGGCCCGGGGAGGACGCGGGCAGGCCCGAGCGCAGCGACAGCAGGGGCAGCCCGCAGGGCGGACGGCGCUACGGGGUCCAGAUGAUGGGCAGCGGGCUGCUGGCCGAGAUGAAGGCCAAGCAGGAGCGGCGCGCCGCCUGCGCGCACAAGAAGCUUGGGCAUGAAGCCAUCUCCCAGGACCCUUCCAGCCCGACCCUGAGCACGGAGCGGUCAGAUGGAGGCGGGGCAGUCCCCAAACUGCACCCGGGGCUUCCAGAGAGCCGCUUCGGUCUGGGGGCAUCAGAGAAGAAUGCCAAAGCCGAGCCCAAAGUGGAGGCGGGCUACAGGUCCCGGAGCUCUUCUGGCACCCCGACCAGCCCCAAGCCACUGCUGCAGUCACCCAAGCCCAGCCUGGCAGCGCGGCCCAGCAUCCCACAGAAGCCAAGGACCGCCUCGCGGCCAGAGGACAUCCCAGACUCUCCAUCUGGCCCGACAUCCCCUAAGGUUGCUCUUCUGCCACCUGUCCUGAAGAAAGUUCCUUCAGACAAGGACAGAGAGAGCCAGAACAGCCCCCAGCCGAGUCCCAGGACGAUUUCCCAGGAAGUAGUGCAAAGAGGACAUUAUUACAAAAGACAUUCAGAUCAAGACAAUAGAAGGAAAAGACCUCCAAAACUGUACUCCACCAUUGCAGAAGAGGAAGUGAAUGCAAUUGGGCACAGGAAGUCACAGCCAACCAAUGCUUCGAGGAGAAGCUGGGGCCAGCAGGCCCAGGAGAAUCAAGAACAAAAGCCGUGGUCCUCCAGUAGGGAUGGCCAGCAAAGCAGCAAAUCCAGUGACUCCGGGGAAGAAGCAGAAAAAGAUUUUAUUUUUGUGUAAAGGUUACCCAUGGGAAAGUCAUCUUGCGCAGGUUGCUGUGUUAGCCAUCAGAGGGGAACCAGGCCUUGCCUCACCCCUUCCUACUUCCCGCUGCUCUACUCUUGGUGCUGAUUUGCGAUUUUCUUCUCUUUUAUUUCCUUUUUUUUAGAAAAAAAGA